UAAAAACAGAAGUGUGCCAUUACUAAGAGGAAGGAAGAAUUAACUCAAAAAAUCAAUUCAAGAAAAUGGGUGUGGGCUUCUGCAGAGAAACAAAAUCCGCACUCCUUCAGGAAAUCGGGGUGUCACUUCCACUAUGAAACGACAAAAUUAGCAUUUUCGUGCCGUUUCCGAGCAAGGAAUCAUGCUUCAAUGGCGGCAGUUAAUACGUGCGCAGUUCUUUUCUAUUAUUAUUUGCUCGCUGUAGACUGCUGUGAGUAGAACUCGUCCUGUCCUUUUCGAAACCAAUCGAUUGAUUAAUACAUCGGUGAAUUCUGAUUUCUUGGGCGCUUGUAUUUACCUAAUCUUACAAUCCGAUUAGGCGUAGUUUUGGAAUCAACAGAUACGGUUGCUUUCGUGUUAUGUUGCAGAAUUGAGCACAGCGAUCGAUUCCUUUAAGGUGAAGAACACCGUCUGUAUACGGUUUCAUUUGCAAUAUUUUCCCUAAUAAAUUGUUGUGCCUCAAUUUUGUCGAUCGACGAGGCGUUUUACAGUUUAUAUUCCAGUUUUUGGCAUUUUUUGCAUAGAAAUUUGUGUGUUUUGAUGCAGUGAUUUUGGACGAUCUGUGAGCUUGCUAUGAUGUUUGCUAAUGGCGGAAGUUUGGUUAUAUAUUAUCCUUAAAUUAUAUUCAAACUUGUUGGGGCAUUUUAAUUCCUGUUUUCUGAUACCGGUUAGGUUUUCUGUGCUCCGAGAUAUUGAUCGAUCAAUGGGUGAAUUUGUUGGCCCUCGUUUGUACUGCUGCUACAAAUGCCGGAACCAUGUUUCUCUUCAUGACGACAUAAUCUCUAAGGCGUUUCAGGGAAGACAUGGCAGGGCAUUUUUAUUCUCACAUGCGAUGAACAUUGUCGUGGGAGCGAGAGAGGAUAGGAAUCUGAUGACUGGUCUCCACACAGUUGCCGACAUAAGUUGUAGGGAUUGCGGCGAAGUGCUGGGGUGGAAAUAUGAACGCGCUUAUGAUGCAUCGCAAAAAUACAAGGAGGGUAAAUUCAUUAUGGAGAAGCCAAAAAUUGUUAAGGAGAACUGGUAACUCUUGGUGCUUAGUAAUCUGAUGUACUUAUAGCCAUUCAAGUAUUCCACACCAUUUGUUGAAAGUGUCCAUUUUGUACAGUCAUGUGAAAUUCAUGAUAAAAACUUUGUUGUCGUCUAUAUUUCUCAUGUACUUGUCUUUAAGCCUUCGUUAGGGUUGUCUUUAGUCGUGUUUUUCGCUGAAUUUAUAGUAGAAAUUGCGUUGGUUUACUAAUUGGGAUCGC